AUGAAGCUGAAACAUUUCCUAUGGAGGUGCCUGCAGAAUGGAUUGCCAGCUAAUGAAGCAAUCUACAAGAGAAUUGGAAAGGGAAGUAACCUAUGCUGUGGUGAGGAUACUGAAACCAUUGAGCACAUUUUUUUCUUUUGUCCAAAAGCUCAAGUGGUGUGGAGGAUAGCUCUAGUGAGGUGGAAGGGGAUAACUGAGUUGCAAUAUAACAUGUGGAGAUGGUGGGAUGCUGUGACGCAAUCUGCUAUGAAGGAGCAAGGAAUGGACAGAAUUAAGCUUAAGGUUAACAUGUUAUGGCAAAUCUGGACAGCUAGAAACAAGAUGACAUUCCAGACUGAGAACGUUGAUGCAAAACUGAUAGUGGACAAAGCACAACAAGAAUGGAUUGAAUAUGAAGCUGAGAAUGAAACAGAUACAAGAACAAAUGCAUCAUCAGAAGUGGACAGACAGAUACAGCAGGGAUGGGAGCCACCUAAGGAAGGAGUGAUUAAGAUAAAUACAGAUGCAACAAUCUCAGCUAAAAUGGUAACGACAAGCUUGGGGAUCAUAGCUAGGAACUAG